CCAUAACUUAAAUGUCAAAAGUUCGUAAAGUUUUUGGAAUUCCGUAGCCGUAAGCUAGUGAUUUAUGUUUAUUUAGUUUUUUUACUUUCAUUAUGUAUGAUUGAGUGCUUAGUAAUUAGUGAAACAUACAAUCAUCACAUAAUAAGUGAUUAUCGGUGUGAUAAAUCCAAGUGGGUGGGGCUCCAAGAUGCCGCGGAAGCUGCUGAAGUUCCUGAUCGUGUUCGACAACACGUCGCUGCUGUACUUCCCGGGGCAGUUCCUGUCGGGAAAGGUGCUUAUGGAACUGCAGGAUGACACACCUGUACUUGGGCUACAUUUCCAUGUAGUAGGCGAGGGAGUGGUCCGCGUUGGUUCUGGACGCCAUGAGAGGCUUUUUGACAAAGAAAACUACAUCGAUUUCAGGAUGCGACUGCUUGGUGAACCAGGAAACGGCGCCUCAGUCCUCUCCCCGGGCAUCCACAGCUUCCCCUUCAAGCUGGGGCUGCCUCAGGGGCUUCCGUCCACAUUCCUCGGCACACACGGUUGGGUGCAGUACUAUUGCAAGGCGGCGUUGCGCGAACCCAACGGACUUACACACAAGAACAGACAGGUCUUCAUAGUCUGCAACCCGAUCGAUCUUAAUUUGGAGCCACCUGUACUAUCGCAAGAAUUCGAAUGCAGCGUGGAACACCGUCUCGGCGUGGGCUGCGUGGGCGGCGGCAGCGUCGCCUGCCGCGUCACCCUCGACCGGGGGGCCUAUGUGCCCGGCGAGACCAUAGCCCUCAGCGCCGCCCUGGCCAACCACUCCAAGACCACUAUACGGGGCACUAGAGCCACACUCACGGAGACGAUCCAAUACUCGGCCCACGGCAAAGUGUGCGCCAAGGAAGUGCGAGAGCUGGCCGCCCUGGCGCGCGGCAAGGUGCGGCCCGGCGGCGCCGACGCCUGGCGCCGCGAGCUGCUGUACGUCCCGCCGCUGCCGCCCACCAACCUGCGCGGCUGCCACCUCAUACAAGUGCAGUACGACGUGUUUUUCAUAAUCUCGCCGAAGAGCCUGGAGAAGGAGGUGAAGCUGCAGCUGCCGAUCCUGCUGGGCACGUACCCGUUCUUGUCGGAGCGCGAGGCCGCGGCGCCGCCGCUGUACCCCAGCACGCUGCCCAUCUUCCGGCCCUGGCUCGCCGACAAACCACAAAACUAAGCCUCACGACUACUCAUAUGUCGGCAAUGAAUACAUCUAUCAUCUGCAAUUGAAGCAUUGUACACCGAUUUAUAGCGUGUAGUCCAACUUCGAACAAAAAAAAUUCCGCGACAGAUUUAAGCAUCUUUGUUCAGCAUUGCGCCCGGGCGGACCGUCACCGGCGGGCAAAAAAUAUUAGUUAGUUAUAUUUUUAUUACUAAAGACAUUUUUUAAAAGAAUUAUUUCUACUUUUAGACUCGGCAGGUGGCGCUUCAAAAUAUUUCUUUUUACUUUUUCGUUGUCUGUCUCAAAUAUAUCGUCAGUAUUUUUGUAACACCUUGUAUAAUGAUCAUAGGUUUCUAUUAUAUACAUAUACAAUAUAUGUAUAAUACUUACCAUUCUGUUUGAACCGGAAUUAAAAUAAUCAAGGAAUGUAAAAAUAAAAGAAAUGCUAUGGCUCAGCCCUGCGUCCGAAAUUUUGAAUUUAGAACCAGAAUUAUAAAAUGUUCAAAGUUGGACUACUGGGUCUAGUAAAUACUAGAUUUACGUCUGAGCAGGAUAUUGUUCCUUUACACUCAGAACGUGAACCGUCCUGUUGGUAGCCAACCGCACCGCUUAGAAGAACUAUGCUUUUGUUUAACUUCAGGUUUAAACCCGAAGAAUCAUCCAAGUGUAGAUGUAAUGUAACUACAAAUUUUGCAAUAUAUUUUUCUGUGAGUAAAUAUUGGUCAACAUAUUUUUAGACUAAAUUAACCAUUAUUUUACUGUGUGGAAUUGACUUUUUAUCGACUUAUUCCUAUUAAUGUACUACUAUUUCUUAAUUUAAUUCCAUACAGUAAAUAUUUUUGAUUAUUUACUGUACUUUGUACUAUUUUUUCAAUUAUAAAAUGUACUUAAUAUGAAAAUGCAUAAUACACUUAAUUUUUAGGGCUUUAAAUUAUGUUAUGUACUUCACGUCUGUUUGAAACAUCACACACACGCCAACAUCACUAGUUUACGAUUCAAGAGUUUCAAUGAUUGAAUUGAGCGUACAUCAAUUACAGGCGCGGAUACAAGGGGGGGGCCAUAGGGGCAAUGGCCCCCCCCCUAAAACCCUGGCUCUCACAUUACUAAAUUGAGUAAAUUUUAUUUUUUCUGUGCAAAAAUAUAUGAUUUUCUCAAAAUGGCCCCCCCCUAAGCCAAAUCUUGUAUCCGCGCCUGAUCAAUUAACACUCAUAAACAUUCUUGAUACUGAGAAUACGACAACUUUAGGGAUCUUAGCUAUCAAAUGGUUAAGUCUUUGUAACGAUUGGAAAUUUUGGAUAUUCAGGUAUUGACAUUGCAUGGCGAAAAGUGUUACUUCCGCUUAUAAAUAUUUAUACUUUUGUGCCAUCACAUUACUGCAGUUAUUUUUUAUAUUUUACACGUGUUUAUAAGUAAUUUAUCAAUGAAUUUCAGAGUUGUAUCAUGUUUUUAAAAGUAUGCUCUCGAAUAUUCGCAAUAACUACAGGUAUUUUUAAGGUAUAUAAUUAGGUUUAAGAUUCGUAUUAUUUACGUCCUGAAUAUGAAAUAUUAUUAUUAUAAAAGUAUAAAUGUAUUUAUAAUAUAACAGUUUAUACGACUAACCUGUGAUAAACCAGUCCGUCCAGUUUAAUAUGAUGAUCUAUGAAAAUAAAUUAUGAUUUUUAA